UGGUUGUGGUAUCUGGAAGAAACCGAGAAAAUGAACAUUUUUGCUUUGGUGGUGCUAGUAUUCCUAGCCGUAUUCGCAUCAGCAGCUUCUGGUGGUAUAUUUGGAGGUCAUGGAGGCGGACUUGUCGUAUCUGGACCUUCUGGGGUUGUAACUGAGCAUGGAGCAAUUGGUCCUUCGGGGCUAGGAGGUCUUGGAUAUGGGGGAUAUCCUGGAUUUGGAGGUUUUGGUGGUUACGGGGGAUUUGGUGGUUACGGAGGAUUUGGUGGCUAUGGAGGACACGGUGUAGUUGUAAGAGGCCCAUCCACUGUCCCAGCAACCAUCAUUGGCCCCGCUGGUAAAAUUGUAGCUGACGGCCUUUACGGUGGGCAUGGGCAUGGUUGGUAGUUCAAGAAAUCUACAGAAAACGUUCUAUGUAAUACAAGUAAACUUUUUUAUUGUAAUUUGUAAAAUGGCAA